UUCUAAUGACUCGAGUCAAUUCGGUUCUACACAUUGUAUACCACGACUCGACACACUUCCGCAUCAUGAGUUCCACUGGUGCCUCCACGCCUGGUGCGGGGUCGUUGUCACUGAAGAAGACGGGAGAUUGUACCCCACUCCACUACUGUAUUGAAAUCCAUCCGGGGACCCCACGAUAUUAUUUCAGCGCUUUGCCUACAAGCAAGGGAGGCUUCAGGGUGGGUUUCCGAGAACACGCCCCACCAAUUUUAGGUCGAGAAAGAUUCCCCUGUUUGUCUCGAGAUUUAGGUGAGGUGUCAUGAGAAAGUUAUCGUUGAAAAACUCCAAAGCGAUUCAGACCCUUGGAUUAAAAUUCAAAAUCACAGGAAUUGAAAUUCACAGUCGGAAGGUUUUGCGAAAGCCAAUGAGACGAUGGCGUCCAAACUACUAAGAGGAACUGCAUAUAUCACGGGGGCAGCAUCAGGUACUGUACCUAAACUACCUAUAAACAAAACGAAACAAAACAAAAACGACCCCUGCUUAUUCCCCCUCUGAACAGGAAUAGGCAAAGCAACAGCCAAUUCCCUCGCCCAGCAUGGAAUCACCAACCUCUACCUAACAGACAUCAAUGGCCCCGCUCUUCAAACCACAUCCUCCUCUCUGCUAAAAAGAUUCCCAAGUCUUCAAAUUGGAUCAAUGGAAUUAGAUGUGUGUGACCGCAGCAAAGUAGGAGAUAGUCUAAAAGAUGCAGCGGACAGGUUUGGUAGGAUAGAUGUUGGUGUCAAUGUUGCGGGGAUCGGACGAAGUGGAAUUCUCAGCCAUGAGCUGGAGUGGAGUAGUUGGGAAAGAGUGGUAGAUGUUAAUCUGAAUGGCGUUUUUGGGUGUCAGAAGGCUUUGCUUGGGGUUAUGAUGGGUCAGGAGUGAGGUCUCAUUUCUCUCAUAACCUUUUCGGUGAUGGACUUUUGAUACAGGGUGUUCGCAGUACUGGAAAAAGUCUGUGAAUGCUUGGCGAGACGAGAUAAUUCGAGUAACUACUGUACCUGAACCCGCUGACAUCUCUCAAAAUAGAAAUCUCGGUCUCAGGAUCGGACGAGGAACUAUCAUAAAUGUAGCAUCAAUGUACGGUCUCAUCGGUACACCCUCCGAUGUCCCUAGCACGGCAUAUGUAGCUUCAAAACACGGUAGGCUCUUCCUCCGCCCCUCACAUAUUCCACUAACAACAACACAGCAGUGGUAGGCCUCACCAAAGCUGACGCUACAGCCUACGCUCCCCAUCACAUUCGCAUCAACGCUAUCUGUCCAGGCUACGUCAGGACUCCUCUUCUCGGUUCAGCGUUGGAAGAUGGAUAUAUGAAAGGUGAGAUAGCGAAGACGCCAUCAGGGAGAGUUGCCGAGGUGGAAGAGAUUGGAGAUAGUAUUGCAUUCCUAGCAAGUCCAAUGGCGAGUUUUGUUGUGGGGGGUAGUUUGGUCGUUGAUGGUGGGUAUACAGUCUCUUAGCGAGAAAGGGGGAAAGUAGGGAUUGUUGGGUUUUCAUUCUUGCUGAACACUUCGUUGGUUUCAAUUUUAAUCUUGAAUUCCGUAUGAUUCAACGAGUAGUUAGAGCCCAGAAGCUAGGGUAACUAGAAAG